AUGGACAUAGAUGAACUUUUGAGUCACACCUACACACAGGACAAACCUAUUCAAAACCUGCCACAGAUGUGUGAAGUCUUGUCAUGCACUUGGAACCAUAAGCUGGAAGUUACAUAUCCUCACCUUGGCCAAUCAGUUUCUACAGCCAAAAUACAGUCUGGAAGUAUUCAUCAGCCAAAUCGCAUCACCACAUCUGCACUUGGAGAAAAUGUGACUCUUCAGUGCUUUACAACCAGAGAUUCAGGUCGUGCUUUCUUCUGGUACAAGCAAACAGUGGGAGAAAUGCCUCAGGUUGUAGUGGAAAUGCAGCCACACGCACGUCCUACAUAUCCCAACAUUGAUCAUUCACGCUACAGAGCUGAACAAGAUAAGGGCAAAAUUACACUGAUUAUUACAAAAACUGAACCAUCUGAUGAAGCAACAUACUUCUGUGGGACCCAGAUAUUAUAUGACAUUACAUUUGGAGAGGGAACAUUUCUGGCUUUAAUAGGUAAUACGUCUACAGCCAUAUCAGUUGUCCAAAGUCCGUUGUCUGGAUCAGUUCACUCAGGAGAUUCAGUGACUCUGCAGUGUACAGUACUCACUGAGAGAAGUUCAACAGAACUUAGUGUGUUUUGGUUCAGACCCACUUCAGGAGAAUCUCAUCCAGGAAUCAUUUACACCCAUAAAAACAGGAGUGAUCAGUGUGAGAAUGGUUCUCUUUUGCAGAGCUGUGUCUAUAACCUUUCCAAGAGAAACCUCAGUGUCUCUGAUGCUGGAACUUACUACUGUGCUGUGGCCAUCUGUGGAAAAGUGUUGUUUGGAAAUGGAACAAACCUGAUCAUCUCAAAAGAACAGAAUGUAGAAGAUAAAACUCUUAUCCUGCUUGUGAUUUUUCAGUUUGGGAUCUUAAUUGUUUGCUCCAUGUUGGUUGUUUUCCUCCUCUGUACCAGAAAUAAGAAGAGAAAUAACCCUUAUUCAGAUGAUUAUCAAAAAGUUCUCUUCACAACAAUGGAAGCCGAAAUAAAGGAAAAGUGA